AUGCGUCGACCGGAGAUAAAUACCACGCGGCUCCCAAAGCAGCUGCGCGAGGAGCUGGGACUGAAGGACAGCCGGGACAGUGGGAGGCCCAACAGAGGGCGAGGGAAGCCUCUGAGCAGGAAAGAAAGGCGAAAGGAAGAACGCUCACAGAAGAAACAGCAUCACCAGCAGCCACGCAAGCUGGUGCAACGACAUGUACGAGAUGACCAGGACCGGGACCGGGACCCCGGUACAGAAGCGUCUUCAGAUGAUGAUGCUGGUGACAGAGAGCUACGAACGACUAUACCAGCGAAGCCGGAACCCAAAUCUAUUCUGAAGAAGCGCAAGCGAAGUGAUGAAGCUCAGGGUACAAAGAAGAAUGACGACGCGGACGUUGCCCUUCCUGAGCGCAAAAUUCCACGGGCAGUUCGGGAGAAGCUUGAGGAGGACGACAGGGAGAUAGCUCGGCUGGAGAAGGCCUUGGGGUUGAAGGGGAAGAAGAAGCUUCCGAAAUCUUUUGAAGAAGACGGACUAGCUGAGAUACUGGGUGAUCUGGGAGGAUACGGUUCCGAGUCAGACCAGAAGAGGGGCAAGCAAGACGGCGAAGAAUGGCUACAGAGCAAGAGGAGAAAAGCUCAGGCUCAGGCGCAGGCUGAUAUGAGUCUCGACGAAGACUCAGGCAAUGAUUUCGAUUCGGACAGUGGGGAGGAUGAAACAGAUGAAGACGAUGAAGGUUUGCUGGAUGAACUAGAGGAGGAUGAUGAGAGCAGCGAAGAGGGCAGCAUGGACGAAUUCGAAGGCUUCGAUGACGAACCUGAGCAGCCACCCAAACGAAUAAAAGAGAACCCAUAUGUUGCCCCUGUAGCUCCCUCCAGCAAAGACCAACCGAAGUACAUCCCGCCAUCGCUACGAGUGGCUGCAGCAACAGAAUCCGAAGCUCUCAUUCGUGUUCGUCGUCAAUUGCAGGGCCAGCUCAACAAGCUAUCAGAAGCCAACCUGAUAUCCAUUCUCUCUGAGAUCGAAAAGAUAUAUCAAGACCACCCGCGCAAAAUAGUUACAACCACUCUAAUAGACCUAUUGCUUGCUUCGGUAGCUGAUAGGAGCACCCUUAAUGACACCUUUGUCAUCCUCCACGCUGCCUUUAUAUCUGCGGUGUAUAAGGUAAUUGGAAUGGAUUUUGGAGCAGAGCUUGUACAGCGCGUCGUGGAAAAGUUCGAUGAAAUAUAUGAGGAUAAAAACUCCAGUGAUCAUGCCUCUAAGAGCAAGAUAUUGUCAAACCUGAUGUCUUUGCUAUCACAUCUAUAUAAUUUUCAUGUUAUUGGAAGCAGUCUAGCGUUUGAUUAUAUUCGUCUCUUACUCACGGAGAUCAAUGAGUUGAACACUGAACUGCUUCUGAAAAUUAUCAAGAGUUCUGGAUCUCAGCUGAGGCAAGAUGACCCUUCCUCGCUAAAGGAUAUUGUAAUGCUCGUUCAGCCAGCAGUAGCUCGGGUUGGCGAGGCGGCAUUAUCAGUCCGCACGAAAUUCAUGAUUGAAAUAAUCACCGAUCUUAAAAACAACCGCCUAAAAACUGGCAUUGCCGGUACAGCACUGGCUUCCGAGCACAUCACCAAGAUGCGGAAGGUUCUUGGGACCCUGAACAACAGGAACCUCAGAGCUAGCGAGCCGCUCAGAAUCAGUCGAGCAGAUAUUCAUAAUUCAUCUAAGACAGGGAAAUGGUGGCUUGUUGGUGCAAGCUGGAAGGACCCUUCAAUGACCGAUGACCAUAGCAAUGACCCCAGUGCAGGCCGUGAUGCAACUAUGACAGACACUUUGGAUGUCGAUAUCACCGGAGGAGAAGUUGACUUAGGUCAACUUGCCAGAGCUCAUCGCAUGAAUACUGACGUUCGACGAUCGAUAUUUGUCGCAAUAAUGUCGGCAACCGACUGUCGAGAUGCAUAUCUCCGGCUGACCAAACUCCGUUUAAAACGAAAUCAGGAGACCGAAAUUCCUCGCGUGUUGAUGCAUUGCGCAACCGAGGAGGAAGCGCAUAACCCUUACUACACGUUGAUAGCACGAAAGCUAUGUGGCGAGAAGAGAAUGAGAAUGGCGUUUAUGUUCUCUCUUUGGGAUAUCUUUAAGAAGAUGGGAGAGCGAGGCCACUCGGAGGAGGACGACGAUUUUAGUGGCAUCGACGCCGAAGAUGAGGAAAAUGCACUCAGCACGAGAGCAAUAUUCAACCUAGCGAACAUGUUUGCCAGGUUAAUUGCAGAGGGUAGUUUGUCUUUAGGCAUCCUUAAAAUCCUCGAUUUCCCGUACUUGCAGCCGAAAACAAAGACAUUUGUGGAGAUUCUUCUCAUAACAGUCAUGACACAAUCGCAGCAGAAAUCACACAAAAAGCAUAAGAACAAAGACAACGCCGACGAUGGGUAUGACGAGAAGGCUCUAGUGACUAUUUUCAUGAAAACGUCUGAGACACCGCAAGUGGUUGCAGGGCUCAGAUAUUUUAUCCGCAAAGUCGUUACCAAGUCUGACGUAGUGACUUCGAAACGGGAUAAGAAGUUGGUGAAAUGGGCAUGCAAAACUGCCCUUGAUACAUUGAGUAUCGUUGCGGAAGGAGGUUCAAUGGCUUAG